GCCUGUCACUCCAAAAAAAUAUCAUUAUAAAUUGUGCGCAACAACUUCAGCGUGCGAUGGUGUACCCAGUGCAGUCCAGCCCAGUAUCACAAGUCUACAACAAAAUGACCUGACCUGUCUCCCAAAACCUAGUCCUGAUUUGAGUAUGUAAUGACCUAGCCACCAUAGUAACCUGUCCCAAACAUUCAUAACAGCUUUUCAAACGAGCAGAGUGCGUCGUCAUUACGUUCAAGGCUUUAUUCAGAAGGUAAUUCCUGGUACAGUGAGCAGUAUAAUCUGACUUACAGUGGACUACUCUGGGGAUAGAAAGCAAAGAUCCGCACUCGUGGCUUACCCGAACAGGUCCCAACGUUACGUACCACAUACCCGUAACCCAGGGGUGGAUAUGGGGUGACCUCAUUCCUCACAUGCAAGCAGAAAGUGAAUUUUAGUGCAGGCCACUAUCAUCAGGAAAUAAGGGAAGACUUCCUUGCCUUUGUGCACGCCAGGCCUCACCGGUAAAGGCCUCACCGGUAAAGGUUUAGCCUGGCUCCUUUUGCGCACCGUUGAAGACCUCGGAUUGGACAUGGCCAAGUGCAGGGGACUUGGUUUCGAUGGAGCAAGUGCCAUGAUGGGAAAAUUCAAAGGGUGUGCCGCAGUACUCAUGAAGAAGUACACCCUGGCCAAGCCGAUCCACUGCUCUGACCACCGGCAGAAUCUAGUACUGACGAAGCCGUGUGACGUCAAGGAAGUGAAGAUCGCUCUUCAAACACUGACCGAGGUGUGCAACUUCGUUCAUUCUUCAAAUAUGCACUGUCUCCGCUUCACAGAGGUUGUCAAGCUUACCUCGGCCAAGCGCGAAGAGCUUGUUCCCCUGUGCCCCACCAGGUGGAUUGAGAGGCAUGACGCAGUGCUGGUUUUUGUUGAAUUUCUGCCUGUCAUCGCUGUUUUUCUCGAGGAAGAACUUGACGCCACCGCUGGGCUCCUUCUCAUCGCCAUACAUGUUCCCCGCUUUCUCGUUGGACUGGUUGUAGUGGAGUGUACAUUGGCGCAUACUCUCAAGCCAAGCCGAACUCUUCAGAGAAAAGAUGGCGACCUGGUGUCAGCCUAUGCCCGAUUCGUGGCAUCGAGACCAUUUUUGGCAAGUUCAGAGCAGAUGUGGAGAAUCAUUUCCACGAUGUGUUCAUGAAAGCGGAAGAGCUUUUGGUAGAGGUGGGGUCAUCGCAUGACACCAUCCCUGUGCCACGACUCUGUGGACGACAGACCCAGCGAUCAAAUGUUCCGUGCGAGAAUGCUGAGGAGUGCUACCGCCGGGCGGUGUACAUUCCAUUCGUGGACCACGUCUUGGCUGAGUUGAAGAGUCGGUUCAGCGACUACACAGUGCCUGUCGCACUUCGAUCAGCUCAAGCAACUCCUCAAUGGCCUCGAAACGGAUGUUGCAGCUGUGCUUCAAGCGGAGAAGCUCUACGAGCUCGACAUGGAAUCCCUGACACUCGUGAAGGCACUGGGCAUUAUCUGUUUUGGUCUUCCAAACUAUCAAAGAAGCCCAGGCACACGCCAGCACCAGCGUGUUCCCCAAUCUCGCCAUUCUCUUGAAAACUCUGUUGACGCUUCCAGUCUCCAACGAGAGGUCUUUCUCAGCAUUGAAAAGGCUUAAAACCUAUUUGAGGAGUACCGUUGGCCAAGAGCGCCUGAACGGACUUGCCCUCCUCUAUGUCCACUAUGAUAUCCCCCCCAUUUCAGUCAAGAGAGUGAUAAGCAAAUUCGGCGAAAAAAAACGCCAACUACUCUUUGCUUAGUGAGGCACUUGUUGAAUACUUGGGAAUUUAUUGUAAAUAUAUUUCUGUACCGUCCUGAAACCCUCACUUAAGGGUAAGGUCAGGAUAAGUUAAGGUAAG